AUGGCAAAUGAUAUAGAUACGAAUGAUCGUGAAGUUUUUCAACUUCAUAUUGGGUCAGCUGGUGUCGAAAUUGGUCAUCGAUGUUGGGAAUUAUAUUGUUUGGAACAUAAUUUAGCUAUCGAUGGCAAUAUCAUUAAUAAAACAGAACAAAAUAUUCCUCCGGUAUGUUUCUUUUCGGAAAAGAAUGAUAAUAACUAUCGUCCUCGUGCUCUAUUUAUUGAUUCUCAUUCUUUGACUAUCGACGAAAUAAAAUCCAGCAAAUAUCGAAAUCUAUAUACCGAUGAUCAAUUUCAUUUAAUGACAAAUUCUUAUGAAACGAUUUUAGAUAAAAUUCGAAAACAAAUCGAAAAUUAUGAAAAUUUUCAAGGCUUUAUAAUAUCUCAUGCUACAUAUGGUCGAUGUUCAAAUUUUACUUCUGAACUUUUACAAAAACUAACAUCCGAUUAUCCAACAAAAUCUAUUGUGACAAACUCCGUAUUUGACUCUUCUAUUGAUAUUAUCAGUAUGUACAAUCUAUUGAAAUGUGCCCAUGUCAUUAUACCCAUGGAAAACAAAGCUAUUUUCAAUCUAUGUAAACAUCGACUUGAGAUCGACACUCCGACAUAUACAAAUAUGAAUAGAUUGAUCGCUAUGUGUUGGAGUCAUAUAACAUGUUCUAUGAGAUUUAAGGGUUGUUUACUAGCAGAUUUGAAUGAAUUUCAAACAGCACUCAUUCCAUUUCCUAACUUGAAAAUGCUCUCAUCAUUUCUUGCACCAUUAAUACCAUUUUCAUACAGUACAAACAUUGAUUUCAAAUCACCAUCAGUAUAUGAUAUGUGUGUUCCAUUAUUUUCUCAAAAUCAUACUUGUUUUAUACAACAAUCAACUCCAUAUAAAAGUAUCUUAGCUACUUCGCUACUUUUUCGCGGUGAAAAUAUUAUUCCAAAAGAAAUUGGACAAAAAUUAAUUAUCGAUAUGAAAAAAUGGUGGCGAUUUUCUAAUUCAUCACCGACUGGAUUUAAAUGUGGGAUAAAUUAUUGUCGUCCAUAUAUUUUUAAUAAUGAAUCUGAUCUUGCAUGGACUGAUAAACAAGUGUGUGCAAUAACCAAUGAGACAACUACAUCUAAACAUCUUUGCGAAAUAGGUUUGAAUCAAUUCGAUGAAUCUUCGAAAGAACAAAACAAAUCAGUGGAACACAUCGAAGCAUUUGAUUAUUUGCAAGGACUUAGAAAGGAUUAUCAAGAGUUAGAAAGAGAGAUUAUAAACGCUAAUGAAUUGAAUUUGAACACUCCUUUUGAAUAA